AUGUUGCUGGAGUCGCGAGGCCUCACCGGUAGGAAGAGAAACGGACUGACACUGACCUCGUUCGGCGACGGUGGCGGCGGUGGUGGCGGAGGAAGCGGCGGCGGCGGCGGUGGUGCCGGUGGAGCCGGCAGCGAGGAGGACGACGAGGAAUCUCGACAUCACCUCUACCUGGGCAGGAAGAUGCAGGGCGAGGGCACCGCCGCCUCCACGGUAUCCACCGGGCUGUCCGGGUGCGCCGGCGAUGACGGCGACGAGAGCUCGAGCCCGUCACCGAACAGCAGCCUUCUGAACAAUCUCAACAAUAAUUGUAACUCAAAUCGCCAAUGCGCUACUGACUUCAGCAUCGCCGCGAUCAUGGCGCGGGAUUCACGUCAGCAGCAGCAGCAGCAGCAGCAGCAACAACAACAGCAGCAGCAGCAGCAGCAACAGCAACAACAGCAGCAGCAGCAACAUCAUCAUCAUCAGAAACAUUCACAACAGCAGGCCGUCGGAGGCGGCAAAUUGCAUCAGCACGAGAGGGAAGCCAGCGGUUCCGGGGUCGCUCGCGGCGCCCCGCCGGCUUCGGAGACGGUCAGUCCGGAGGACGAGCCGGAAACGGACGAUACCGGGAGCACGAGCGGAAAGGGCGUUUCGCCGGUGGUGAAUCCGCUGCUCCAGGAGCGCUCGAACUGCGAGGAGCUGAGGCACGUCGUGUGCCACCUCGAGACCAAGGAGCUCUGGGACAAAUUCAACGAGCUCGGCACGGAGAUGAUCAUCACCAAGACUGGCAGGCGGAUGUUUCCGACGUGUCGUGUCUCAUUCAACGGGCUGAAGGCGGACAGCCGAUACGCGGUCCUGAUGGACAUCGUGCCGGUCGACAAUAAGAGGUAUCGGUACGCAUAUCACAGGAGCUGCUGGCUGGUGGCCGGAAAGGCGGAUCCGCCGGCGCCGGCCCGGCUCUACGUCCAUCCGGAUUCGCCUUUCACGGGCGAGCAACUCCGAAAGCAGGUCGUCUCCUUCGAGAAAGUCAAGCUCACCAACAACGACAUGGACAGGCAUGGGCACCUGGUUCUGAACUCCAUGCACAAGUACCAGCCGAGGAUCCACCUGGUGAAACGGCCGGACUCGGGCCCCACGAAGCAGAUCGUGGACCUCGAGAAGGAGCCGCACAAGACCUUCAUAUUCCCGGAGGCCAUAUUCACCGCUGUCACCGCCUAUCAGAAUCAGCUCAUCACGAAGCUCAAGAUCGACAGUAAUCCGUUCGCCAAGGGCUUUCGGGAUUCCUCUCGCCUCACGGACUUCGAAAGCUUUCCUUUCAGGGAGACGAUGGAGUCGAUGUUGGCGGAACAGCAGUCGCUGAGGUUUCCGCAUCGGCUUCCCUUCGAGAUGGAGCAGCUCCAGGCGGGCGCCGUGAGCAAUCUCACUCUCGAGGAGAAGGCCCUGUGGGCCGCGCGUUCUCAGAUGCUGCUGAGGGCGGCGGCGGCCGUGGCCGCCAGUCCUUACGCCCAGCUGGUCAACCCCGCUCUGGUUUAUCCGGGCGCCGCGGCCGCGGGCACCAGUCACCAGCAGCAGCAGCAGCAGCACCAGCAGCAACAGCAGCAGCAACAACUGGGCCAUCUGUGGUGGGCCUCGUCGAUCGGGUCCACCAUCUUCGCGGCGGCGCACCACCAGCAGCAGCUGGUCGCGUCAAGCUCCCAGCAGAACCCGACCGGCCCCGCGGCCCCGCGACCGCUGUAUCCGUCGCCUCUUGCUCUGACCCACCAUCGAUUCUCGCCGUACCACACUGUCCCCAAGUCCUCGACGCCGGUCGCGCCGUCGCCGUCGCCGUCCAGAAGGGCCACGCCGUCGCCCACGGAUAGUCUCAGCAGGGAGGCCCAAGAUCUUUCGCCCUCGUAG